GUUUUUUUAUCUGUUAAUAGAGUGUAAGAUAAAGAGGUCAGUGCCCCUGACUAAAUAGGCACUUAUCUUUUUAUCUUUAGAUUGUCAAAUUUAAAAAAAAUGACAACAGCCAACACAACAAUAGCUAUCUGGUGUGAAUGAAUCAAAAUUAGACCUAUUUUUUUUGUUAGAUUGGCAAAAAUAUAUUUAUUAAUGUGCCAUAAAAUUUUAGUAGUUUAUGUGUGCCAUGAGAUGAAAAAGGUUGAAAAUCACUGUUGUAGGGCAUUGAGACAGACAUUAAGUACCUAUCAUUACAGAUUUCAUUAUAUGAAGCAAACCGUAUCUCACCUUCCUAAUAGGCCUUAGAUAUUAAUCCAGUGGAUUCUUUUCCUAUGAGUAACUGAAUGAAUAGCAGAGACACUAUACUUACAUUCAAAGUGUAUUUUUUAUCUACAACUUUUAAGAGGAAGUCAGCUCUAAUAUUUAAAACAUUUUGAAAAAAUAUGGCAUUUAUAUAUCAUCUUUCCUUUGAAGCACAACACUUAUUUAUCACAUUUAAGGGACCUCUGUAGUGAGGGGUAAUUUAAACAAGAGAAACGAGUCACAGAGAAGUUGACUAACUUGCCCCAUACCAUAACUUUUCAAGAUAUCAUCAUUCUCUACAUACUCUGCCCCCACAAAAUAAUUUUCUAAUUAUCAUUGAGUGAUAAACUGCCAAGCAGUGACAGAAUAUACAUAAAAAUCAAGACUUAUCUUCAGGGGACUAAUCAUAUGUUGGGAAAAAUCACGACAUUGUAUUAUGACUCCAAUUUCUGGCCCUCUUGGCUAGAACAUUUAAGGAUGUACAAUUUAUCUCUUCUGAAUUUUGUAUUAUCUUCAAAUAAUAAUAGGCAGAUAUAUGAACACGGCGUUCCCAGCCCUGGAGAGCCAUCUGCGCCCCUCGGAUAUUCUUUUUAUAAGGAGUCCAUUCGUUCGCGCAUCUUGUAUUAUGCCGGAAAGAGGAGUUAAGGUCAUUCCUUUUCAUGUAUUCGCAUCCCAUUUUUACAAUACGGGGUGCAGAACCAGUUUCAUUUGGCAAAGGCCAAAAAGCCCUGAGACUUGGGCGAGUCAAGCAUUAAUUACCAGCCUCUUGGCCCAUUUGCAGAAAUACACAAAACGUGUAGAAUCACUUAAUUUUAUCCCCUCCUAAUCUUUUCACUUGGAAACUGGCUGCUCGGGCGAAUGUUGUUUUUCUCUCCGCAGCCAUGUGUGAAGAGCGAUUAACACUCGCUCGACAAACCCCUUCCCGGGCCAUUUGGGAGCUGCACGCGUUCACACCCGGGUUCAGUCCCUUUCGCCUUCACGCGCAGCCUUUUUGUUUAUGCGGCGAGCAGCGCAGAGAGGGGCGGAGAGGGAGCGAACCUCUCAAUGUGCAGCAGGCCUCGGGGAGGCUAUAUAAGCUGCGCCGCGCGCGGGCCUGUUUUGUGCAGGGGCAGGCUUUUCUGCGAGCUGGCAGGGGCUUCGGCCUGGCCCCGCUGCGCCAUGGAGACAGCGGAGCGCGGGGAGAGCGGGGCCGGCGAGUGCGCGCACUGCUGCCGCCUGCAGCCCGCGGCCCCCGAGGGCCCCGCGCGGCACGGGAGCGCGGACUCCGGAUCCGGAGGCUUCUGGAGACCGUGGAUUGACGCACGAGGAAAGCAGGCGGAGGAGGCCCCGCACCACGCCGAGGAGGUGAUGCCCGGGAUGACCGAAGCCUCUGGAAAGCUUUCGCGAUACAAGCACCCAGUCAGACUAUUUUGGCCAAAAUCAAAGUGUUAUGAUUACUUAUAUCAAGAAGCAGAAGCUCUUCUGAAAACUUUUCCAAUUCAAGCCACAAUUUCAUUUUAUGAAGAUUCUGAUAGUGAAGAUGAAAUUGAGGAACUGGUCUGUGAAAAUUAAUCUGAUUAGUUACUUUUGAUGAUAUUAAACAUUUGUAGGAUUUAAAUUUAGUGUGCAAAUAUAUCAUAAUUCUUUAAAUUUAUUUAUUUGUAUGUAAAUUAUUAAUAAAAUGAAUAUUUUGUAAGUACUAUAGUAGUUGGGCCUUUUCUUUAAAUCCCUACGCUGUUAUUCAAUGCUGGAAUGUAAAAGUAGGUGCCAUUUACAAAUAUCUUGAUUGUACUGUAAACACUUGGAGCUUACAAAAGAUAAUUUUGAUCUCAAACUAUGAAGUUUAUCUCUAGUAAUGAUUUUGCAAAUAUUUAGUUAUACUUUUGCAUAGAAUGACAAUAUUUUCAAACUGAAUCUUAUAACAUCUAUUUCCUAUCGAUUUCCAUUGGAUAUUGUAGUUACAGAUGAAUAUUAUUUGAUAAUGAAGAAAAUCACCUCAUGUCCCAAUUACAAAUUAUUAUUAUGUAUUUGCUAGCAGAUGGUGAAAAACACUUUAAAUCAUUGUCUGUAAUUGAGAAUGGGAAUUAGUGUCAGGACUAU